AUGGAGGAGGCCGCGCUGCUUGUUGUUGUGGCUGAAGAGGUGCGAGAUAUCCAACAACAGCCAGCAAAGGUUCACGGCGUCGGAGAAGCCCCACCACAGUACUAUAGAAAACAAUUCCCGAUGCACACCUGCAAGCACUGUCAAAAUAAAUUCACAUCCUGGGGCGCUCUGAUCUACCACCGGAAGCACAUCCACGGAGAAAGCAUCGAAAAGACGCAAUUUGUUAAAUGUACGUCGUGCCAUUUGAAAUUCGCUUCCGAAGAGGAAAUGACGACCCAUGUUUGCCUCAGGGGAAUCAUUCGCGAAAGGGAACGUCCCUUCAAGUGCGACCUGUGCGAUAAAGCUUUUCCCGUAAAAACUCAACUGGAAAUCCACUAUUCCGUCCAUCCGGAAUACCACAACUUCAAGUGUGACGAAUGUCCGAGGGGUUUUUACUUUGAAAGGGAGCUCGACAGACACAAGAAGAAGGUGCAUAUAUCAACAGAGUCGUACCACACGUGUGAGACCUGUAAUCUGCGGUUCAAAACCAAAGGAAACUUGGUACGACACCAGGAGUUCCACAUGGGCCGCGUGUACUGCUGUGAGCAUUGUGGCAAAGAGUUCCAAGCGCGACAUUCGCUCAAAACGCACAUGUACUACGCGCACGCUGAGUACGGGAGCGAGGCCGCCCGUGCCGCUCGAGCGAUCCCUUGCAAAAUCUGUGGCAAAACGCUCGCCGGAACCAGUAGUCUGAAGUUGCAUAUGGAAAUACACACCAACGAACGGCAGUUCAAAUGUUCCUUUCCAUCCUGUGGAAAAUUAUUCCUCAGGAGAACCUGUGUAAGGGUGCACGAGCAAAGUCACACGAAGGAUUACAGAUUCAAGUGCAAGUUCUGCGAUUACGGCACCGUUCACCGGAAGACAAUUCUGCUGCACGAGCAGCGGGAGCAUAACUACAACCGCUCGUUGAAGGGAACGAUUCGUGAGAUGAUGAAAAUCACUAAACAAAGCUGUAUUAUCAUAACUUGA